UUUACAGGUCGUAAUCUUAGAAGGACAAAUCGGAAGAUAUUAGGUAUUUCCGCACUCUGUUUAGUUCUAAUAGCGAUGGGGACGACAAUCUGCUAUGUCUACAACUCAAACAAAAAGGAAAAAGAAAAUCAGCUUAGAAUUGAAAGAUUUUUGGAUGAAUACAGAGCGAUGAAGCCAAGUAGAUAUUCCUAUGCUGAUAUUAAGAGGAUAACAAGUCAAUUCAAGGAAAAGUUGGGUCAAGGUGCCUACGGAACAGUGUUUAAAGGAAAGCUUUCCUCCGAGUUACUUGUUGCUGUGAAAAUGCUCAACAAUUCAAAUGAAAAUGGGGAAGAUUUCAUAAACGAAGUGGGGACAAUGUGUCAAAUCCACCAUGUCAAUGUGGUUCGCUUGGUUGGAAUUUGCGCCGACGGAUUUAUUCAUGCUCUUGUUUACGAAUACUUACCAAAUGGUUCUUUGCAAAAUUUCUUAUCAUCAGCAGAUAAUAAGAAUUCAUUCAUUGGUUGGGAUAAGUUGCAAGAUAUCGCUCUAGGAAUAGCUAAAGGAAUUGAAUAUCUUCACCAAGGAUGCGACCAACGAAUCCUGCACUUUGAUAUCAAACCACAAAAUGUAUUGCUAGACCAAGAUUUCACUCCAAAAGUUUCUGAUUUUGGUUUAGCCAAGUUUUGUGCUAAGGAUCAAAGUGCAAUAUCGAUGACUACAGCUAGGGGGACCAUGGGCUACAUUGCACCUGAAAUCUUCUCAAGGAACUUCGGCAAUGUCUCCUAUAAGUCGGAUGUCUAUAGUUUUGGAAUAUUGUUACUUGAAAUGGUUGGAGGCAGAAAAAACUUCAAAGUCAUGGAGGACUCCACUAGUCAAGUCUACUUCCCAGAAUGGAUCUAUAACCUAUUAGAGCAGGGCAACGACCUACGAAUUCAUAUUGGUGACGAUGAAGCAGAUGUUACAAUUGCUAGGAAACUUGCAAUUGUGGGUCUAUGGUGCAUCCAAUGGCAUCCAACAGAUCGUCCUUCAAUGAAAGUUGUAGUUCAAAUGUUGGAAAGAGAAGGUAAUCUAGCCAUGCCACCUAAUCCUUUUGCGAGCACUUCGAGUUGAAGGUGAUAAUGAACAGACCUCUAUGCUGAAGAAGCACAUGUUCCUGCAUGGAUUAUACCACUCAUUUCUGAGAUAAGUCAUUGAGUGUUAUUAUAAUAAGAUUGUUAUGGUAUUGUAGUGUUAAGGAGAGCUAGUUAAUUAAGAAACUAGUUUGAAUUCAAUAAAUUUCAAUGUGAAGUAUUAAUUAGAUAGCAAUAAUUCAUCAAA